AUGGACACUGUAAAGGAGCGUUUUGAUGGAAUUGCAAAUCUAACUGAUAUCGACAUGUGUCUUCAGUCGACGUCGCAGUUUUAUGUUGGCUUGGCUGAUGUUCAAGGAAAGCUCCAUAAAGUUAGACAAAAGGACUUUGACAUACUCACGAAGUUUUGGGACAAGUAUUCUAAGAAAGCGAUUAAAGAUGAGCGAGCUCAUGACAACAACGUGGCCAAUCUCGACAAACUAAUAAAAAAGACUGGCAAGGACUAUGAAAGCAAAUAA